GGCAGGGCCGCACGGAAGGCGGCGGGUCCGCCAUGGACCGGAGGAAGAAGCCGCUGGACGUGGCCGCGUCCUCGCUGGUAGAUCUAAAAGCCGAACUCUUCCGAAAGCAAGAGGAAUUCAAGAAAGAAAAGCUAUUGAAAGAUGCUGGUGUCUUUGCAAAGCCCAGAACCUCUAAUAAGAAACCAAGCAUCUGGACCAAACAAAACACAGGAGUUGCAAAUCGAGCCUCAAAAGAUGUUGAGCAGAAGACAGAAGAGCAGGACAUAUUGGAUCAGUCAAGGAAGAAGCUAGAAGAGAAAGCAAAGCUGUAUGAGAAAAUGACAAAAGGCGACUUUCCAGAUGAAGAAACCGAGGAUUUGUACCUGGUGGAUUUCACUCAGAAGAUCAUAGACAAAAGGCACGAAGUACAGGAGCUGGGUCAGAGAGAAACUGCUGGAAAGACUUCAGAAAGAGAGUCAGAUGAUGAGGAAACUCAACCUGAAGCAGACAUUCCACCGCCCGAGGACCCGGAGGAAGAAUGGGUUGAUUAUGUUGAUUUCUUGGGCCGGUCUAGACGCUGUAUGAAGAAGGAUUUGCCAAGUCUACUUAAAAUGGAUCAGGAACUUCAAGGGAAAAGACAAGAACCUGAUGGGAAUACUCUGUUAUCUGAAGAUAUGAGAAGAGAACUUCAGAGGCAGCAGUGGGAAAAGGAAGAAGAAGAAGCCCUCAGAAAACCCAUGGGACCCAUACAUUAUGAGGACAUUCGAGAAAAUGAGGCCAGACAGCUUGGUGUUGGUUACUUUGCCUUUUCUCGGGACCAAGAACUCAGGCAUAAACAGCGGGCAACGCUGGACAUGCUGAGGGAGCAGACACUUGAUCAGAGGACUAAACGCGAACAGCUAAAAGAGAAGAGAAAGGCAGCUCUAGAUGCAAGGCUGUCCAAACUUCGAGCACGGAAGGUUAAAAAGUUAAGGGAAGCAGGAUUAGAAGAAGAGGCAGAAAAACUGGAGAAUGGAGAGCUGAAAGCUGUUACUGAGGAGCCAGAACCUCCGAGGGUUACUGCAGCAAGCAGGAAGGUGGAGGUUGUCAUCCAGGAGAGAAGAGAUACAAAGCCUGGUGUGCCUUAUGUCCGAGAGUGGGAUAAAGGCAAAGAACUGAUGUUUGGGCUGUGGGAAAAGAAACAGGAAGAACUUAGAGAUGAGCGAGAUCCAGAAUUUGCACCACCUUCUGAUUACUUUUUGGGACAAAAGAAAGAUGAUAAUUACCGAAGUCGAAAUUUGAACAGUCCUGAAACCUCCUCUGAAAAACUGGAAACAGAGAGGGCACAGAACCAACAGAUGCCAUCGGUGCAGGGCAACGGCAGCAGCGCUGGUUCCAACAGCAACGUUCAGGAUAAGGCAGCACCAGCAGAGGCCUCUGGCCAUGACACUCAGGAGGCUUCAUCAUCAGGAGAGGAUGACAGCAGUGACGAUGAGGACAGGCUGCCCCCAGCACAGGGUUAUGGCUACGGUGCCCGAGCUGUGCCGCCGGCAAUGCGGGCUUACGGCUACGGAGCCCGGGCUGUGCCGCCCUCCAUGCCGGCGUACGGAUACGGCGCUCCCGAGGUGCCUUUUCCAGUGCAGGCUUAUGGCUACGGCACGCCAGGGAUGGUGCCACCAGUGCACGGCUACGGAGCUCACGAGGUGCCCUUUUCAAUGCAGGCUUAUGGCUACGGCACCCAGGAUGUGCCGCCGGGAAUGCAGCCCUGUGGCUGCAGCACCCAGGAUGUGCCGCCGGGAAUACCCAGCUGUGGCUGCAGCGCCCAGGAUGUGCCACCGGGAAUACCCAGCUGUGGCUGCAGCGCCCAGGAUGUGCCGCCGGGAAUGCAGACCUGCGGCUGUAUCACCCAAGAUGUACCACCGGGAAUACACACCUGUGGCAGCAGCACCCCAGAUGUGCCGCCAGGAACACAGGUCUGUGGCUGCAGCACCCAGGAUGUGCCACCAGGAACACACACGUGUGGCAGCAGCGCCCAAGAUGUGCCGCCAGGAACGCAGGGCAGCGGCUGCAGCACCCAGGAUGUGGCACCUCCAGUGCAGACCGACAGCAGUGACACCCCAAAGCAGGAACCACUUUACCAAAGUUUAGAUGAUAUGCUGUCUUACUACAGACAAGUGACUUGAGCUGAGGAAAAAUAUAGGCAAAACCCGUGAUCUAAAGAACUGAAAUAGAAUUAUCUGCUCAGCAAGAAUAUUAUUUUCCCACAUGUGGGAAAAACAAGUUUCUGUAAGUAGAUCACAAUAAAUCUCAUGAACACCUAA